UUUUAAAGGUAUUGUCUCAUCCUGAAAUGUAGGUCGCAUGUGUGAGGGUUGUUGUCUCGUGCAUAAAUCUAGUGUAGAAAAUAAUUCAAAAUUAGAUUUAUAGAUGACUUGCCUUGUUUACGUUUUGCUAGCAGGCAGAUUUGCUCGAGCGCUUUUAGAGAAUACCAACAGCAAUAACGUAAUUUCAUUGACGUUUUGCUUCUUAUAUUUUUAAAGCUAAUCAAGUCGACGCGGAGGAUUUUUCAAUUUAGAACCACAUGAUAUUUAUCAGACGAUUCCUCGAAUAAAACUUCACAAGAAGUUUAUGAAGGAAUGAUGGAAUACAACUUCGCAAGAUAUGAAGGAACGAUGGGAAUUUGCACAAAUAUAAAAUGCUGUCUGCUAUUAAAAAGACAAAGCAAAAGAAUGUCAGCAGUAUCCUUGAAGAGCUGGAGGAUUGUCCAGUUGAAGAUGAGAAAGAGGUCAAGAACCGGUGUAUAAUGGCAUGUUUGCCUUAUGUGUUAGAUGACCAAUGCACCCAUCGAGAUAUGAACAAAAAAUCAUUUUGGGACAUUGUUGAUGGUAAAAGCUUGGGGGAAGUUCAAGAGAUCAUUAACAAAAGUUCGUCACCUAGACGCCUAUCAACAGGAACAUUAAGAAACAUUCAUUCAAUAAUGUUGGUGGCUGAGGGGAUGAUUGUGGAAAAGCUGAAAACGGAAAAUAUUGUCAAAGCAGUUAUUAUUUUACUUAGUUCUUUUUAUACUUUUAAUGCUGAGUAUCCUAAAGGCGUUAAUGGACAUUGCAAAAAUGUAUUUAUUCUUUUAGAACAUUUGCUUUUAAAUUCAAAUGGCAAUUGUAAGGCUCAAUUGCCAACUUUUGUCGAUCAUUUUAUUUCUUCUAUGAAGUAGAAAACUUUUGUAGUGUUAAUUAAUGGCAUGUAGUAGAGAUUUUAAGUAUUCUGUGUUUGUAAAAAAUGUGCUAUUUAUAAUUGUGUGAUUGAUUUUCUUUAGCUUAGUUAAAAAGAUCCUCUAUAUUGGUCAAAUGGUCAUGGAUAUGCACCUGAAAAAAAUGCUUAUUUCAUGGUAAAAACAACCAAAUAAAAUUGGUCAAAUAAAUUGGUAAAUUUAACCACUUUUGUUUUUGGUAUUUUUGACCAAUUUAGGAAUUGGUUGUUUUGACCUAUAAAAAUUGUUCUUCUCAGGUGCAUUCAAAUGACCAAUUUAUUUUGGUCAUUUUGACCAAUCUAUUUUUACUGUGUAGAACAUUGGAUUCCAGGGUUAGAAAAUUACUUGAUCAUAAAACUAAAUAGCAUUUUCAAAUCUUAAAAAAGUUUGACGUAAAAUAAUAUUUAAUAUGUAAUUUCGUUUUGACUAUGUUGAUUAAAUCUACUUCAUUCAGUAGCUAAAUAAUUGCAGGCUACCAACAUGUAUGAA